ACCCUCGUUGGAGUAUACUAUGGGAACAUAAGGUCGGCGUCGCGUGGCUUCCCGAGAUUAGCGAACAAAACAACAGCAUCAGUACAAUCCUUUGUAUUAAAUUCUUCCAAGGAGGCCGUCCCCAGUGGACCCUAGUCACACAUGGCCACGGACACUGUGUCCAACGGCGAGAACUUCGCUCAACAUACGCCCGGCAACGGGAAUGGCGACGACGAUGUAAUCUGUCCAACAUGCGAUGUGAAGAUCAAGCGCAGCCAGGUGGCCGAUCACUGCCAGGUGGAAAUGGAGCGUUUGCAUAAUCCGAUCAGCGUCAGCAGCGCGGGAGCAGCAGCUCCUCCACCCACAGCACAAUCCAGCUCCGGUGGCAGGCAGCCGUGGAGCGUUUUUCAGCGGGUGCAGCGUAACCGGCAGGCCCGUCAGCGUCAACGAACCAGAAAACGACCGGCAUCUCCAGCCCCAGCGGCCCCUUCAGUUCCCCCAUCAGCUCAAUCUAUUCCUGCCACAGCGCCACCGCCAACCGUUCCAGCAGCAGCCCCAACUGAUUCCAGCCAGGCCACCUGUCCCAUUUGUAAUCGUAAAUUUCCCCAAGCCAAUAUCCAAGAGCAUGCCAACCAGUGUCUGCGCAGCAGUCGUAAGAAUGGCCAGGCCAACGGAGAGCGACACUCUAGCGAGGAUUCCGAUGACAGUGAGGAGUACGAGGAGUAUGAAUGGGCUGGCCAGAAACGCAUCCGCGUAUCCACCCUGGUGCAGGGUGGCUACUCGGCUCUUGGCUUAGGCCAGACAAUUAAGUACAAUGGCAGUCAGGCGCAAGAUGAUGAAGAUGAGGAUCUCAACGUCGACGAAGACGACACUCAUAUAUAUGGGCCUACGCAGUAUGGGGAGGGUGAUGUGAUACCUCUGGUCAACGAGGAUACCGAUGGAAACGUUUCCGAGGUUGAUGUCACCAGCUACGUGCGCAGCUUAAUAUCUUCCAACGAUGCGCCGAAGCCCACCAGCUCUGAUGUAGAAGCAGCUAAUUCCACGGCCGCCCAAGACCCAGUAACAAAUGAGGAGCCAUCCACCUCUCGCUCAACGCGUUCUACCUCCCAAAAUCAACUGCAGGUCAUCGAGUCGCUAAAGGCCAAGCUGCGAGCCUACGAAAAACAGGCACAGGGGAAGUACAAGUGCCUAAUUUGCAUCGACGACUACAAGAACCCCGCCAUUUCUGUAUCCUGCUGGCAUGUCCACUGCGAGCAAUGCUGGCUGCAAACCCUGGGAGCUCGAAAGCUAUGCCCCCAGUGUAAUUCGAUUACCACGCCGAAGGACUUGCGCCGCAUUUACCUGUAAAACUAAGCCAAGCCACAACAGAUUUGUUAUCCCUGCUGCAACUUUGUUUGUGCUUGCUAAUCUUGGGAAAAUAGUUGAUA